UGUAGCUGAAGUCCGUAACUUUCAUACCGGACCAACAUUUCCCGUGUUUGAUGUCAGUGUCUUAGAUUAUAAGAGCCACAUCAGAGAGAAACCCCCUGCCAGGUUUCCACCCUACAGGUCAAUCCUGCCCGACUCUCUGCAGCAUCCAAGUGCUGAAGUGAGAGAGUAUGCCUGUGCCAGUAUUUCCAAGCUGUUGCAGCAGAAGCACGUCAUCCCAGCCUUCCUGCAGAGGGAUGUUGUGCGGUGUUUGGGGCCAUUGCUGAUGGAUCACAGCUUAGCUGUUCGGGAAACAGCUGCAGGUGCUCUCCGAAAUCUGAGUGCUUGUGGAGGAUUUGAUGUUUGUGAUGACAUGGUGACAAAUGACAUUAUGACACCUCUUGUUGCACUUCUGAAAGAGUGUAGCUCUGAGUUAGAUGCUAACCAGCUCUCUCCAAAGAAAUGCAGAGAGACAAACAAAAAUUAUGUUGAAGACAUAGCCAAUGAAGCUAUUAAUUUGCUGUGGAAUAUAUGUGAAUGCAACAACACCGCCGUGUACAUAUUCAAUAAAGAAGGGUGUCUGGAGGCUGUGUUACAUUACAUGAAGAAAUUCUCCACAAAUGUAGAUCUGGCUAUUUCAGUAGCAAACUGUUUGCAGGCGGUGACAGAAGAUAAUCCAGACCUUCUUUCUUCAUUUAAUGCCUCUGCACAGCAAGUAUUGGAAACAGCGAUGAUGUGUUCAGAGAGCACAAUGAAGCACGUCCUUCUGAGAACACUGAUAGCAGGCACUAUCUGGAAUAUCAAGGAUACCAUUCCACCGGGCAGCCUGGGAAGCAUGGUUAAUGCAAUCCUGAAGAUUUUUUCAGAAUCAUUAGCAAUAGACGCUGGUGAAACAAUUAUUCGUAUGAAUGAAGCUGAAAAAAAUAGGUUAAAACUUGCUGCGGAAGCAGAAACGGAGGAAAACAUGAGUGAUGUGGUGCACAGCUGUGUUCUGAGUGAAGAUGAUAACAUGGAAGAAAUACCAAAGGGAAAACUCGGGAGAGAAAAUGAUGUUUCAGAUUUACUUCCAUCUGAUAAGUGGGAACUGAAAGAAGUGACAGCUUUACUGACGGCUCAGCAGACUGCUCUGGAAAUCAUUGUUAAUAUGUGCUGCAGUGAAGAUCCCUCUGAUGAUGAGUGGGAAGAACUCUCCAGCAGUGAUGAAAGUGACUUGUUCAUGGAAAACUCGUACAAUGAGGGAGGGGGGCUGCUGAUGACACCCCUGUGCCUCUCUGAUGAGGUUCACUCAGCAUUUCUGAACAACCUUAUUCCAAAGAAGAUUCUUGAAAAAACUGCUUUUCCGAACAGUGUCGCUCUAGACAUCUGUAUGCACAAUCCAUCUUGGAAGCCAUUAAUUAAAAAACUGAAUGCAGUGCAGUGUAGAGCUUUAACAUGUCUUCACAGCAUUUUGUUAGUGUCGGAUGUGGAUUGUCUUGGAGGAGCUUCAGCACUUCAGUCCCUUUCACAGCAUCUCUCGCAGUUGAUCUUUUCUAAAACAGAACUCCCUGCAGACACAGAAUUCCUGGAAGCCAUAACCAGUGCUUUGAGGGCUCUCCUACAAACAAUGGCAUCAAAGAACAUCUCCCAGUGUAUGACUCCCGAGCAGCUGUUGGCUUUAUGUGAGGCUGGUAUUCACAGCAGCAAUGCCAGUGUCAGAGUGAACGCAGUGAGCAUCCUUGGAAUUUCUGGCAGCGUCCUGGCAAAAGGACAAGAUACGGCUGAAACACUGAAGAUGAUUGGAAAAUUUCUUCUUGAAGUUGCUAUGAAGGAAUCUUCUCUUGUCGUAGCAGGGGAAGCUUUGGAUGCACUUUUUGAUGUAUUUGCAGAUGGUAAAGAAGCAGAAAAGGCGGCGGUGCAGAUCAAGCUGCUUCCAACACUGAAGGAAUUUCAGCCAGUGUUCAGAACAAGGAUGCGAAAAGAAGGCAAAGGACAAUAUAGUGCUGAUCAACUGUGUGUUCUUGACAAUGUGAGGAUGAAUUUGAGAAGAUUCAUUGCAUAUCAGGAGACACUAGGGAAAACUCCAACUUGAAACAUCGAGGGACUUUUAAGGUUUCCCUUAUUGAGUAAUGUUUUCAAAAAAUAUAACCAUUUUGAACUUGUAAAAUUUACUGAGCAGAGCAGUUUUGCUUUAAUGUUAAUACUACGUUUUGUAAUGUUCAGUAUUUUUAUACACUUGGGUUGAUGCAAUGUGAAAGUCAUACCAGCAUAAAAAAACGUGUAGCGUACUCUGACAUGGUUGCAGUGAUAAGAAGGUGCUCCUGCAACCCUGAGAUCUGUACACAGCACCAUUGUCGUCGUUUAGAAAUCUUCAUGUACCCUGGCAGAAAACUACAAUUGCAUGAAAAGGUAAUUUAGAGAAUAUUCUCGGUUAUGUGCCAGAUCAGGAAAAAAAAUUAAAAAGCUCAGGAUAUACUUAAGGGAAUCGGGCAGUAGCAGAAUGUUCAUAUUUGCUGUUUGCUCUUACCUGUUCCUAGAAUUGCACAGGCACUUAUGGCAGGCUUCCCAAGAGAAGUUUGUGACAAGUGUGUGUAGAUUCCUGUCAGCACUUGGUUCUGUUAUUUCAUGAGGUUUGUUGAGGAGAAGACUGUUUCAGAUUCAUUCAUGAUAAAUUUGCUAUGAUAGCUUUUUGCUGUGGAAAUCUGUGUAAGCAGAUCCUACAGUUAGACACAGCUCCCUGGUUUUACUUUAUUUCAAUUGGUGUUUCUGAAAAUCAAAUCUCCUAAUUUACAUUCUUCCUUGUAAUUCUGCGUCAGAGUGAAUUUGAAUUCAAGGAAGUAAUAAGCCAAAUAAAAAGCAUUUUUUAUUUUGAGGUAUUGCCUAAAGUAAGUUUAUAAUUGCUUAAAAUACCUUUUAGAAAUAUUUGUAAUGGAGACUUUUAAGCUCUAAAAUACAGAAACUGUUAUUUUCAAAAAAUGUCACCAAUUCAUGAAGAUUGUAUGUAAACUUCCAUAUAUCAAGAACUUUGGUUUUGUUUCUUUGAAUGAGAUUCUCUCAUAGACAUUUUUC